AUGGAGUUUCAUCCUGCUGCAGCCCCACAUAUGGGUGGAUUGUGGGAAGCUGGCGUGAAGAGUCUGAAAAUACACUUCAAGAAAACUGUAGGCCAAUCAAAAUUCACCUUUGAGGAGUUUGCUACACUUUUAGCAAGAAUAGAAGCGUGUCUCAACUCUCGUCCAUUAGGUCCUAUAUCAGAAAACAUUGAUGAUUUGUCUGCCCUAACACCUGGCCAUUUUUUAAUAGGUUCUGCUUUACUUACUCCGGCUGAUCCAGAAGAAACAGAAUUGGCUCAUAAUAUACUCAAUAGGUGGCGAAAAGUAAAAGCUCUGCAACAGGAACUCUGUCACCGUUGGAAGAGGAGUACAUAA